CUCUUAACUUUUAUGUAAACAGACGAGUGCCGGCUUUCUUAUAAAGUUUUGUUUAUAAAAAGAUUGUGACCUAUAUUAUUCUUGCAGAAUGGCCAACUUUACCCCUGCGGAUGUAGUUCUUGCGCUGCUUGAUCGGUACGGGACCGGAUUCCGCCCAAAGGAUGACCCAUUUUUUAUGGAGGGAAAUUUUUACAACAAAAAGUUCGUCAAGCUAGGAGUACUCAGUGAGAUUUCUCAAAACGAUAACGAUGACGAACAACAACAUGAAACACGAAUCGUGUGUAACGUUCCGGAUUGUCAGUACAGUUCCACCUCUGUAGGUGACUAUGAGUCUCAUUACAACUCCCAGCAUCGCUACUCGUGUGGAGAAUGUAAGAAGACUCUUCCCAACGCUCACCUGUUGGACUUGCAUCUGUCGGAAUCGCAUGACUCCUACUUCGCUGCACAAGUCCAAUCCGGAAAGCAUCCGAUGUUCUCAUGUUUCCUGGAAGAAUGCAAGCACAAAAGCCAAACUCCGGAAGCGCGUCGAGAUCAUUGCAUAAAAGAGCACAAGUUUCCUCACAAUUUUCGGUUUGAUCAAAGGGUUUUCACUCAUAAAAAGUCCAACAGAUCAAGAGCGUCAUUGUCGGAGUCAUCAGUCACAGAUCAGCACAUGGAAGUCGAGACUUCUGCUGAAUCUGGUUCAAGUGCUGUAGUGAAAAACACGAAGAAUUUCAACUUUGGCCAUUCAAAAGUACGCUCUUUCAAAUCCGACAAAUCUGCCAAGAAGUCCGACAUUUUGGAAAGUAAUCGAAUGGUGGUCGAUUUGCUGGAAAGUCUUCCCAAAGAAUGAUGGUAACUCUAGUCAUAUGUCAAUAAAUAAUUUAUUUUGUUAAAAUAAAUAAGUGAAAUAAAUAUGAAUAAAUAAA